AUGUUUGCUGCCUGCGGAGCUGGUGCCGAUCAGUUCAAAACUGUUUGUUCAUCCGUGGAUAAGCUCGAUAAACAACCAUGGGUUGAGGUCGAAGAAGAACUCAUAAAGGAGAAAGGACUGACAAAAGAGAACACCGAAAAGUUGGGUCAAUUCGUCCGGCUAAGAGAGUUUAAUCCAUCAAUGGGUAAUGUUGAGCUUUUGGACAAAUUGAUGGAGUUCGAAGAACUUGCGAAGAAUGCGCGUUUCAAGAAAGGCAUUGAAGAAUUAAAGGUGCUGGUGAACUACUGUUCACUUUUUGGUGUUAACUCUGUACGGUUCGAUCCUUCGUUAGCGAGAGGAUUAGAUUAUUACACCGGAGCUAUUUAUGAGGCUGUUGUUCCAAAGGCGUUAGAAGGUAUCAAUCUCGAAACCAAUGGUGAAGAGCAGAAAGGUCUUCCAGUAGGCGUUGGAUCCGUUGCCGCCGGAGGAAGAUCGUUGAGACUGGAAGAUGUCGGACCACUGAAACCGAAUUUAAUCAGAUCAGGUGCUCAAGAAUUUUUUACAAAUGAGCGCAUGAGCUUUGUUGAGCUAGCUUAUAAAGCAAAUCCCAAAUUGCUCACCCAGCUACAGUAUUGCGAGGACCGACUGAUCCCACUAGUGUUGAUAGUGGGUGAGCGCGAGCUCCAAGAAGGCGUGGUGAAACUUCGAAAUGUUAAAACAAGAGCUGAGCAGAGCACAGAUUAUGAUGGUGAUGACGAUGAUGAUAUCCCUGGUUCUCAUGUGCGCAGAUAUUUUUCAAUUUUUUUCACAGAAAGCUGCUUGCGUACUAGGUGGAACUUUUUUGAUAAGUCUCUUUAUCACUUUGUUUUUCAGAUGGUGUAUCCUGCAUCUGUUUUCAUUACGGGGGCAAACAGAGGUAUUGGUCUUGGUUUUGUUCGUGAAUUUUUGAAGAUUCAAUCUGUGAAGUUUGUGAUUGCUGGUGCCAGGAAUCCAGAUAAUGCAGAGGUAAAUUUUUUGUGA